AUGUCCAGGACAACAACCACCUCCAAGUACGUCAUGGAGUUCUGCAAUCUCAUGGCAGAAUUGGACUGGAAUGAGGAGGCUUAUAUUGCGCAGUUCAUGCAAGGCCUCCACUGGAAGGAGAACCGCCCUAAAAAGGCACCCGCUAAGUCCCCAGCCACCAUGGCCACCUCCACAACCACCACUAGGGUCCGCCUAUCAGAGGACCCCAAUUAUGUUACCCCAGAGGAAAGGGACCGCCGCCGUGCAUUGGGACUAUGCGUCAAAUGCAGCCAAAAGGGCCAUGGCAUCAAACAGUGCCCCAACGGAUGGAAAGCCACCAUCAAGGAAGUGGCCAAGGUAGCUGAGGAUGCUGAGUUGGGAAAAGAUUAA